AUGUUCAACAUCAGCGUGGAAGAUUGGACCGCUAAGCCCGGCGAGGUUAAGCCCCCUGUCUACGUCUGGCAGAAUUCCUGGGGUCUGUCGACUCGGACCCUGGGUGUUAUGGUAAUGAUCCAUAGUGACGACAAGGGACUUGUUCUGCCUCCUCGUGUGGCAGAACUCCAAACUAUUAUUGUUCCCGUCGGUAUCACCAACAAGACCACCGAGGAAGAAAAGGCGAAGCUUGACGCCGAGGUGGACGGCCUCGUCGCCGUUCUCGCUGCCGCUGGCAUCCGUGUCGAUAGCGACAAGCGUAGCUACUCCCCUGGCUGGAAGUUUAACCAGUGGGAGCUGCGCGGUGUGCCCCUUCGUCUUGAGUUCGGCCCCGGCGAGUCGGCUGGCCACUUCAUCACCGCUGCCCGUCGCGACAUUCCCGGCAAGGAUGGCAAGAGCACCAUUCCCAUCCCUGAGCUUGCGACUGCUGUCCCCGCCCUGUUGGAGACCAUCCAGAGUGACCUUCUUAAGCGCGCUACUCUCGAGUUCGACUCCCACCGCAAGAUCAUCACAAACUGGGACGAUUUCACUCCCUCGCUAAACGCCAAAAAUGUCAAUCUGAUCCCCCACUGCCUGACCGAGAAGUGCGAGGACCAGAUCAAGGACAUGUCUGCUCGCAAGGCCGAGGAGGACUCAGGCGAGGCCGAGGACGCCAAGGCCCCCAGCAUGGGUGCCAAGUCGCUGUGCAUUCCCUUUGACCAGCCCGAAGGAAUUAUCGAAGGUGAAACCCGCUGCUUGAACCCUUCUUGCGACCUCCUUGCCAAGAAAUGGUGCAUGUUCGGCCGUUCCUACUAA